UCCAGCACAGUCCAUGCAGAACUGGGUUGCAACGUCAAUAAAAGCGGCAUAAUACCGCUGGAUCAUCGGGGUUGGAUGUGUUUAAAUACAGUGAUCCUCCCAGGCCUAUUGAAGGCGACUGGAAUGCUUUUUCACACCCCUACGAUGCUAACAGGAAAUUCUGAAUUAUUUUCUUGGUUUCUUUAUCUGUACAGCGGGCGUUGCAGGAAAGACAGAAGGUGACAUGCCCUUCAUCGGCGAGUGCGGGGCGCGUUAUUAGCCGGACGCGGAUAAUUCAGAGUGGUGCAUUUGAAUGUGUAUAUCUACAAUACGCGGAUUUUCGUUUAAGUGUUGUAAUAACGGCGGAUAGGACAAUAUCUAUGACAAAUCGAGCAAAACGGAUGUUAAAAUGCGAGGUGCCCUGUCGAUUUGCGCGGGUGGAUGGCCAAUCUGAUGUUAAAAAUUGCGUUUCUCCCGGCGUCUGCCGCGUUGCUAUGCUGUGAAGCUGGUCGUGAAUACCGGGCACUCGAGCCAUGCUUCCCGGGGUCGGCGUGUUUGGCACCAGCUUGACCGCGCGGGUGAUUAUCCCUCUUCUGAAGAACGAAGGAUUCGCUGUCAAGGCUCUAUGGGGACGGACUCAGGAGGAAGCAGAGGAGCUGGCCAAGGAAAUGAACGUACCGUUUUAUACCAAUAGAAUCGACGACGUUUUGCUGCAUCAGGAUGUGGAUUUGGUGUGCAUCAACCUGCCUCCACCUUUGACGCGGCAGAUUGCUGUCAAAACAUUAGGUAUUGGUAAGAAUGUGAUCUGCGACCGCACCGCCACCCCGCUGGAUGCCUUUCGCAUGAUGUCGGCCGCCCAGUACUACCCCAAGCUGCUGAGUAUCAUGGGAAACGUACUGCGCUUCCUUCCUGCCUUCGUACGCAUGAAGGAGCUAGUGGAGGAGGGCUAUGUGGGGGAGCUGCUGGUCUGCGAGGCCCAGGUCCACAGUGGCAGUCUGUUGGGUAAGAAGUACAACUGGAGCUGUGACGACCUAAUGGGCGGUGGGGGGCUGCACUCGGUGGGCAGCUACAUCAUAGACCUGCUCACCUUCCUGACGGGCCAGCGGGCGGCCAAGGUGCAUGGCUUCCUCAAGACUUUCGUCAAGCAGACAGAGCACAUCUGCGGCAUCCGCCAGAUUACCAGUGACGACUUCUGCACCUUCCAGAUGGUGCUGGAGGGGGGCGCCUGCUGCACUGUCACGCUCAACUUCAACGUGCCUGGUGACUUCCGCCAAGAGGUGAUCGUGGUGGGCACGGUGGGCCGGCUGACGGUCAGAGGCACGGACCUGUACGGCCAGAAGAACACCAUGGAGGGAGGGCCAGAGCUACUGCUGAAGGACACCACCCCUCUGGAGAAGGCCUCCCUACCGGAGAAGGCUUUUAGUGACAUCCCCUCGCCCUACCUGACAGGAACCAUCCGUAUGGUGCAGGCGGUGCGGCAGGCCUUUGAGGACCAGGACGACAGGCGCACGUGGGACGGAAGGCCGCUGACUAUGGCGGCCACAUUCGAGGACUGCCUGUACGCACUUUGCGUAGUGGACACUAUCAAGAAGUCCAACCAGUGCGGCGAGUGGCAGAACAUUGAGGUCAUGAAAGAGGAGCCCGAGGUAAGCCCGGCGUACCUGAUCAGCGAGGCCAUGCGGCGCAGCAGGAUGUCUCUCUACUGCUAGCACUGGCACCAAAAUGGCUGCCUGGUGCUAGAGACUGGGGUGAGAGAGUUGUCACUGUGCCCUCAUUGGUUCGCUUCCCCUAAAAAAGAUGUGAACAGUGAUGAACUCUCUCCGAUCUAAUUUUCCUCUCUUCUGCAUGAUCUAUUCUGGAUUACUAUGCCUCACAUCGUGGCUCUGAGAAAGGGGAGGAAUAGAGAGCAUCUCCAAAAAGAAAAAGGCGAUGCUAUGGAUGCGACACUCGGGACAACCGAGUGGUUUUACUGCACCUCUAGAGAGGUGAAUGUUUAAACCCCAGGGGGCUUCGCUUCCUGUCUCUGUGUAUGUGUGGGAAACCAGAGAAGGAAAACGCAGAAAAAUCGAUUGUUUGUCUGGUAGGGCUUUUAGUAAGGUCCCCUCCGGUUAAGUAUGCAAUAAAUCUGCAGGCUAGUGGAAUUGUGUCAUCCUAAGCAAAAAAAGUGUGAUGGGUCCGCACUCAUCCGCACUCAGAAUUAUGUCAUCCUGCCUGAAUCAAGGGAAUACCUUUUUUGCCUGCUUCUCGUUUUUGUAGUAACGUCCAUAUGCAAUAGACCGACACAUAAUCUGUGGAUGGUGGUGCAAUCCCAUGCUAUGCUGUGAGUAAAGCCUAGGCACAUGUUUUCUAUCCCCAUGUUUUCAAUCUCAAGGUCAUGCCUGUUGCUAAGCUAAUAGCCUUAGCUUAGCCAGCUAGGUUAGCGGUGCAUGCGCUAAAGCUUCUUACACAUUUACAUUUACAUUUUAGUCAUUUAGCAGACGCUCUUAUCCAGAGCGACUUACAUGAGCAAUUAGGGUUAAGUGCCUUGCUCAAGGGCACAUCGACAGAUUUUUCAUCUACACAGCAGCAACGAUGUAGAGUAAAACAAUCAGUAAUAGCAUCCCUCUGGGUUAGUGCAUGGAUGGGACACUAGCACACAUGAAACCUUCAGAUUAGGAUUUAAGAAUUCCCAUAGGAACUCUCUGAUUGUAAAGGCUAGUGUUUUGUGACUCUUUAUAGUUUGUGUGAAUAUGUAGCUUAGUGCUACUAACAGAAGGGCAAGUAGAACAUGGUCUAAUUAGUAUUAUUUCUUUGUUGAGAAGACCACUGAUUUUCACCUCGUCAUUUACUCAUCACUAUCCACACAGGUUACAUGAGAGAAUAGUUGCAUAAAUUACCAUGCAAAACAUUGAUUUUUGUAUUUUAUUCAAGCUUGAUCUUUGUUUCCCCAAUGUUGAUUGUGUUCUCAAAUGAUGCUACUGUACAUCACCAUCUGCAUACACCUACUUUUCCAUAGUCUUGUAUAAUACAAAAAAGUUCAAAUGGUUUCAAAUGUGUCAUGAUAUAAAUGUACUGUAUGUAUUUUUUUGUUUUUAAUCUAUCUGCGAAAAGACAGGAACACACUGUUCAGUGUAAAAGUAUUAAUUUUUCAUUUUGGACUGAUUCAUACUGUAUCGGGAGAAGAGUCUAGUUCGUGGGUGACAGUUGAGGUAAGAGAGGUCUUUAAGCAUUCAGUUCCUCUGUGUGUUGGUCCAUACUGUGGGAUGUCUGAAGACAAUGACUACUUUUGUUGGAGUAUAGAGACAUUUUUGAAUCAUGUGGUCCUAAUUUGUAUUAAAUGUUGAUAGGUGCAGCCAUUUUAAGAAUUC